GAGUCACAGGCGCUGGAACGUCCUCGAAGUGCAGCGACGCGAGGUGCUGCCUCUGUCUGCAGAAAGGCGCCGCCGUGAAGUAUCUCGGCUUCAUGUUCCACCCCAAGUGCGUCAACCCGGUCCGUUCGUCAAGGCGCGAGGAUGCUGAGACGCUCGAUGAGGUGAUGUUUGCGGAUUGCGACCGGUGGAGGAGCAUCGCGCCGCUUGGCGCGACGGAUGACGCUCGCGCUCGCGGCUCGCUCCAUCGCGAGCAGGUCGCAGCGGUGGUCGAGGACUUCAAGAAGAUCAAAGCUACUGAGAAGAUCGCGCCGGAGUUGGAGCUAUGCCUGGACCGUUACUGCCGCUGCAGGGAGUUCUGGGAGGGCGUGGAUCGGGCAACUGCCGAGGCUGAGUUCCAGAUUGCCAUGGGACAUCAACAGAAGAGAGGUAUCAAGAUCUUCGACAAGAAGAACUGCGAGCGCAUCCAGGUUGACGACAACGCGAUCCACGACAACGCGACUCCGAGCGCGGAGGAGCACGACGACAGGCGCCUUUCGCACAAGCGAGGGCGCCAUCCUGUCGCAUCCCCCCCGCUGCGCGCGCUCGGCGACGACGAGGCCGACGUCGAGGGCGACGCGGGCGAGGGCCCCGAGCGCGCCGACGCCUCGGCCGACGAGCUGUUCGACGACGGCCCCCGCGCCGCAGAAGACGCAGCGCCGCGGCAAGAAGAGGCGGCGCCGAGCCAGCGGCGCGCGCAGACCGGGCGGGCUGCGUCGGUCUCAGGGGCGAGCCGCCGCAGCGGCAGGGUCGUUGACAAGGCCGCCCGGAUAAGCUUCACGGUGGAGCGCAGGGUGCUGGGGGACACUGCCAAAGCAGCUCUCGUGGAGCUGCGCGGGCCCAAGGCCCCGCGCAAGGUGACGCGCGGGCUCUUGCAGAAGCUGAGCGAGACCGACGUCCCAGGCCUCGUGGUCGAUCCGAAGGUUUUGAAGAAGAAGGGCGACGAUCUCGAGGUCAAGGCGGGGGGGGUCGCCGACAAUGCGCCUCUUUGCAAGAGGCCCGACCUCGAGAAGCUCGGGAAGGAGGUCGACGGAAUCUUGCGGAGGAUCGACGAGAUGAACAAUAAUGUGACGCAACAGAGCGACUGCAUUAAUAUGAUCCUCGGAGAGCAGAUGAAGUCCGCGAGGAAGGAGACGAUGACGGCCAGGUAUGCCAGGGACAAGGUCGCUAAGAAGUUGGUCGGCGGGAAGUUCGGCACCGCCCACGCCGAGACGAUCGCGGCCAUGGCCGGAGAUGCCCUCGCGUCCGACACGCGCGCGCGGGUGGACGGGGACAAGAUCUGCAAGUGGAGGAGCGACCAGCCGUUCGCCCUGGAGCCCUGGAAGUGCCAGGACAAGGAUGCUAUGACUACGUAUGUGAGCAGCCUCGUCGCGUCGCUGAAGGGCCCAGGCCAUCAGGCCUGGCUGGGCUGCAUGCCGAAGGUCUCCUACGAGCCCGCGUGCACGGAGGAGUUCGCGAUGUCCUUCAAGACCGAGCUGUCCCACUUGAACGACAAGGGGGGCCCCCCCGUGGAUGUCGGCGUCUCGUCCUUGGGCGUGGCGCUGCGGCCCGAGCCAGUGCCCGCUGCCAGGAACGGCGCGUCCAUUGCGGACGGCAAGCAGUACGUCGAGUCGCCUAAGGGGGUGAAGGACUUCAAGGAGAAUGGCGUCUUCCUCAGCCUCCCCGUCGGCGACGCCGUCUCCGUGCCGCACGGUUGGCUUGCAAUGCCAUUGCGUUGCCCUCCUGUGGGCGCCGAGCAAGUCAAGGCGUCGUCCGAGGGUGCGGGCCCCUACUGGUCGAAGGCGAUCUGCUCGGCGCCGUGGGCGAAGGCCCUCGGCGAGCCCCGCUGGAAGGCCAUCGAGGAGUUCAACGUCGACAGGCUGGCGAG